UAGUAGCAAAGAAAGGCUCAUCAUUCGGAACAUAUAAUCCACGUUCAGUUACUACAACCAUUGUUUCUUCUUCCACCUCAAAACUUGGGAAGGGGAUAACAAUCAUCAACUCAAUUAAUCACACAAUAUAAUAAUGUCUUCAGAUCUCUCUGUCAUUCUACCUCGUGUUGUAAUUGUUUCUAGACGAACGGUUCGCAAAAACAAAUUCGUUGAUUUUGUGGGUGAAUAUCACCUUGAUCUAAUAGUAGAAUAUGGCGCUGUACCGAUCAUUGUUCCUCGUGUUUCUGGGGUCCAUAUGUUGUUGGAUAGUUUUGAGCCAAUCCAUGGAGUGCUUCUUUGUGAAGGAGAAGACAUUGAUCCUAGUUGGUACGAACAAGACACCUCAGGUCUUUCCCAAGAGGAAUUGGAAGAAAUAAGAAAGCUUCAUGCUAGUGAUACAGCCAUUGAUAGAGAGAAAGAUUCAAUUGAGUUGAGCCUUGCCAAGCUUUGCCUUGAAAGGAACAUUCCCUUCCUAGGAAUAUGUAGGGGAUCACAGGUCCUAAAUGUGGCAUGUGGGGGUACUUUAUACCAAGACAUAGAGAAAGAGCUUUCAAAAAAUUGCCUAGAGAGCCAAAGAGUUAUGCACAUGAACUAUGAUGAUUAUGAUGGGCAUAGGCAUGAGGUGGCAGUGGUUGAAAACACCCCUUUGCAUCAUUGGUUCAAAGAAUCAUUGGUUGAAGGGAAAAAUGAUAUUUGGGUUAAUAGUUAUCACCAUCAAGGGGUUAAGAGAUUGGCACAACGUUUUGUCCCAAUGGCAUUUUCCUGUGAUGGUUUGAUUGAAGGAUUUUAUGACCCAGAUGCUUAUAAUCCAGAAGAGGGUAAAUUUAUCAUGGGAUUGCAGUUUCACCCUGAGCGUAUGAGGAAGCCUGAUUCAGAUGAAUUUGAUUAUCCAGGAUGCCCUUUUGCUUAUAAGGAAUUUGUGAAGGCAGUUAUUGCUUAUCAGAAGAAGCUGAUUAACUCAACACCUGUUGAAAAGCCUUUGAAGCUUAAUAAGGAAAUGGAAAACAAGAGGAAAAUUAUAGUUCGCAGUUUCUCACUUGCAAAAAAUCUUUACAAUGCUGGCCAGGGAAUGAACCCCUCCAAAGAACUUGAACCUGGGGCACAAUUUCUCGAGUCAAAUACAGCCUUGAGUGUGCAGCAAGAAAAUAGGUUAAAGCAAAUGGGUGCAACAGUUAGGAAUGCAGGGUCAUACAUACAGAGACUGAAGCUGAAUGAGGAGAGAGAGAAAAUGGCAAGAAAUGUAAUGGGGAAAAUGUCAGUGGAACAAUUAUCUGAGCUAUUGUCUUUCUAUCACACUAUGGGGCAGAUUUGUUCAGAAGUGCUAGAGAGAAAGAUGCAGGAUAUUGUCAAUGAGCUUGCUUCAUAAUUUGUUUCAUAUUCUUAACUUUUUGUAAUUUUUUGAGGACCAUGUAGUAUUUGUUGCAAUUUGAUGGUCUACAUUGUAUCAUACAAUCAUCUAGUUCUUGUUGAGGUAUUGUAAGGUGGAUUUGAUCCAUAAAACACAAUAAAGGUUUUUUUUUUAACUCAACACAAUAGAGGUUCAUCAC